AUUCGAAUUCAGUCUCAUUCUCUCUCUCAUUCAUAUCGCUUUCCUUCAUUAUUUCUCUCUAUCUCUGUCUGUCUCUGAUUCUCACACACGCACAGAUCGAUCGAGAGAGGCGAAUUGGAGCUCCGGUUAUAGAUUCCGAUCGGCGAGUUUAGUGUCGAAUUCGGAUCGGCGACUACUGCGUCCGUGCGAUUGAAAGUUCGUUGUUCUUUUAAGAGUUCGUAUUGUUCUUUAAUUUGAUUACUGAAUUAGCGUUAGUAUUUAUGCUUGAUUGUUCAUACUGUAGGUGAGUUGUUUGUUCGUGUGAAUUGUGAAUUGUGUUGAUUUGAUUUACAUAUCCUAGAUUUUGUUCUGAUGAUGCAUUGCGUGUGCGGCCGUGGAUGUGAUCUGCUUGCUAGUUUUAUUAUUUGAUUGAGCUUCGUGUUUGCUUGCUUGCUAUUGUGUCUCUGUUUUCCUGAUUUUUUUUGGCUGAUGAUUGUGAUUUAAUUUUGAAUAUGGCUUGUUUAUGUAAUUUCUGAAAGCAAUUUAGUUUUGGAUGAUUUUUUCUCCUAAAUAGUUUAGCUGCUUGUGUCUCUUUUUUUGGUCCUAAUCUGCUGACUUUCGGUUGAGCUUGAGUCUGUGGUGUGAUCUCGUGUUGAAGUUUUAGGAGUAAUUAUUGGAGUCAGCUGUGGCUGAUCAAAGGUGCUAUGUGCUUACCAAGAUUUUACCUUACGAAAGAAGCCCCACCUAACUUAUUGUUUGCAAUGUCUACAUUUGGUUUAUUGGCGCAUGUGGUUGUUCUUCUUUGAUGCUUGAAACGUGAGAGCGUUACAUAGAGAAAUGGUGGAAACGGAUACCGUUUUCUGAAAUUUAGCUUUGAAUCAUGCUGCGUUAUGGCUUUUGUGAUUUGUUACGGUUUAUUUACUUCUCUAUCCUAGGUGAUUCUGCUUGAGAAAGCAAUUGGUUUUGGCCGAUGAUGAUUUAGAAAAGAAAGAGAUACUAGGUACUUGUCUAGUUUCAAUUAGGGACGUCGCAAUUUGAAUCUGAGUGUCCAGCUCCCUUGCAGCAUGAUAUGUGUCUAUGUGGUGUAUGUAAAAAGUUAGGGAAGGAGGCUGCUUUAUCAAUUUCUGUCAUAAAGGUUCGUUGCAUUGCAAGAUAGGGGCUUUUUCCUCUGGUUAUUUAUACCGUGAGUGGUGAUGUAGGACUCCAGGGUUUCUGUAUGGCAGUAUUCUGCAGGAUGAUCCUAGCUGUACCGCAAGUGAAAAUGCCAACUCCAGAGAGGUGUUUGUUUCUCAUGGUUCUGAUCAGGGAACUUAUCAGAAGUAAAAAAAUAAAAAUAAAAAUAAAAAUAAUCACAUCUUCAUCCCAAAAUGUCUUCCCCUGUGUUGUUGUCACCCAUAUCUCUUGAAAACCUCAUUGAACUUACCAUAUCUGAAAAUCUUGUUAGGGAAACAGUAUAUUUUGGGUUGUCUCAGCUGCAGCCUUAUGCAAAACUGUUCUCUAGGUUCCAUCCAUAUUUGUUUCCUUGUGUUUCGAAUUCAGAUGUAGCAGAGAAUGAAUGCUUUUAUCAGGUGUUUUCCUGGGUUAUGAGUUCUCAUGCUCAUACUUGGACUAAACACUUUGAUAUCCUUAUUGCAUCCACCAAGUUGUUUUUAAAAGCGAUCAAGUUGCAAUGAAAAAGUCAUCUGGAAACCGAUCAAGUUUUAGCAUUGCUCGACAUGCAGUGGUUCUUGAAGGGGAGUCAUCUUCUAUCAUGGUAUAUAGCUUUUAAGUUUUUGCCUAUUGGGUAAGUCCAGUACUCAAUGCCGACGUGAAGCAGACUUUUCAAUUGAGGUUGGGGCUUCUGUUCGUUGUGCCCAGUAUAGUUGGAUUUGGUUCCAGGAGUUAUUCAAGAAAUCAAGUGAUGCAAUGUUAUUGCUUACUUUGAACAGAUGGAAGCUCUGGAGAUCCUGAAUGAUGCAUUGUAGUUAUUGUUUGGGUUCUUAUAGAACUAUUUGUUUUGAUGAAUCCUCCUCUCGGAGAAAUGCUGAUUGGAGCUGUUCAACCUUGGUUGGAUUUUGUUGUUGCUGAUUGCAAUAGUCUUCAGCAGUAUAGAAGCAAGCAGAGUGUCAUGGGGUGUUAGCCUGGCUUGAUUGGCAACUAUCCCUAAGGUGUUUAACAAGUGUUCCUAAACGUGUUUAUACGUGCAGGUGCUUUAGCCUUGUUACCAGCUUAUAAACACUGUCCUACAUUUGGAGAAAGCAACAUAUAAUGCUUACACAGAGAGUGAUGGAGGAGUUCCACUCUCAUCUAUCAAAUGGGAAGUGCAUGCUCACGAUAGAAGCAAAGGACAAUGAAAAGUCCAUCGAAUCUCUAGAUAGAGGACUCACAGAGUAUGGUUGUCCGCAUUAUCGGCGAAGGUGCCGCAUUAGGGCCCCUUGUUGCAAUGAGAUUUUUGAUUGUCGCCAUUGUCAUAAUGAAGCAAAGAACAAUAUUAAUGUUGACCCAAAACUGAGACAUGACAUACCACGGCAUCAAGUCGAACAGGUGAUAUGUUCACUUUGUGGCACUGAGCAAGAGGUUCAACAAGUCUGUGUCAACUGUGGUGUAUGUAUGGGCAAAUACUUCUGUGAGACAUGCAAGCUAUUUGAUGAUGAUAUAUCGAAGAAACAGUACCAUUGCGAUGGCUGUGGGAUUUGCAGAAUUGGGGGGCGUGAUAAUUUCUUUCAUUGCUACAAAUGUGGCUGCUGCUACUCAAUUCUGCUGAAAAACAGCCACCCUUGUGUGGAAGGAGCAAUGCAUCAUGACUGCCCUGUUUGCUUCGAGUUCUUAUUCGACUCAAGAAAUGAUGUUACAGUGAUGCCAUGUGGACACACUAUUCACAAGCAUUGCUUGAAAGAGAUGAGAGACCAUUUGCAAUAUGCUUGCCCUCUUUGCUCCAAGUCAGUUUGUGAUAUGUCCAAGGUAUGGGAGAAAUAUGAUAUGGAGAUCGCAGCUACACCAAUGCCCGAACCAUAUCAAAAUAAACAAGUUUCGAUUCUGUGCAACGACUGUGGGAAGAGCUCACAAGUGCAGUUUCACAUUGUGGCGCAGAAAUGCUCAAAUUGCAAAUCUUACAAUACUCGCCAAACAAGAGGCUGAGCAAGUGGCAUGGUUGCACUCACUUGCGCCACAUUUACUGAAGGCAUUAAUCCAUUGGAUUCGUCCAUCAUUGCGCAUCUGCAGUGGCUUUGGCUGUGAUUGCAGUAGCAACAGUGUGUUGCGCCUGCGCUACAUCAGCUGAGGAGCGAGGGGCCUUGUUGUCCUGCUAGGCUCGGGCUUUGUUGUUUUUGUUGUGUUGUUGUAUUUUCUUGUCCCUCUUUCCCAUUCUUUUUCUUGUAUCGCUUCUCCUCUCGGAAAUUAGUGAUAGCCUAUAAUUUACUAUCAUGUUUAUAAAUUAUUCUCUCUCAUCCAA